AUGUCAGUCUCAGUUCGUGAAAGUAUGGGUGCAGAAGCAAAUUUCUUUUCUCGAAGAAAUCCGCUUAGUUGUUGGUUAUCUUCUAUGAUGAUGUGCUUUGCUGGUUGUCUGUUGACAAAUUUUGUAAUUGGUCAACCAGUAAUCUCAUGUUUUGCGAAUAAUAAUGAAGUAUUCGUCGCAACAAUUAUUUGGUAUCUCAUAUUUUAUUCACCCUUUGAUAUUUGUUUUAAACUGGUCAAAAUAAAAUUAAUUGUCGUAAUAAUUGCUAUAUUGAAAGAAAUUCAACGAUCGAAUAAGGUAUUUGAUGGUGUGUUAUAUGCUAUAAAACUUUAUCCGAAAUCGUUUAUUAUUCAUGUUAUUAUAGGUGUGACAAGAGGGGCUGGUUCCGGUGUCGUGAGAACUUUUGAACAGGUUGUCUUUUUUCUUUUUUUUUAUUUUAUCAAUGUUAUCAAUGCUUGA